AUGGGUCCGUGGCUAAAGCGCAAUGGCCCUCGAUCCGGUAUGAUGCUUGCCACGACAUCAUUUAUGAUCGAUUGUGUUAUGGACUGCAUCUCGUUGCACGCUAACUCAAUUGCCGUUACGGGCUAUUUUGCGGCUUUAGCAAAACGACACAUGCUACAUUCGCCCGUGUCGGCCCGUUUCCAAUACCGUGGAGCUGUUUUUGGCUUUGCUGGGAGCGACUUUGGUCGUGUGGACAAAGGCCUGCGCAACUCGCCCUCUUUGGGUGGACUAAAUAUACAUGGUGAAAUUGUUCACGAGACGCAGGAGCGUGGCGAGAACGUGAGUAUUAGGUCUUCGCUCGGGUACGAUUCAGUCGCGAACCUGGCCGUUCGCGAGGAGAAGGACCCGAGCGCAAACGACACUAAGGCCCAGCUCUACAGGCUCAUCAUGCUGUUCAAAAUUUCCGCUAUGUCCACCACGCUCUUCGGCAAGACGGCCGCCUAA